AUGUGUGUAUGUGGCCACGCCACCAUUUGGGAGGUUUUGCACUUGAACUGUCCCUACUACAAUAGCAACGGCACCAACCCUUCCAUCUGGGAUAGCCCCCAGUGGCUCAAACCAGCACUGCCUAAAAAUACAAGACUGCAACCAUAUUCAAACAUUUUAGUACAAGCUACACCCAAAGGGAGGGUCGACUGCCUGCGCCUCACACGGGUCUUUCUUUACUCCCAUAGGCCAAACCGCACGACCCUCUUGGCGCUUCUCAACGUCCUGGUCCCACCGUUCGUGGAUCCACUCCUCCGUCUGACUGUCACCGACCAGUCUGGCACCUUCGAUUGCACUGGACAGCUCUGGUACUAUUACUACAUCAUUCACUGUGUUGCGCUGGCAUUACGCAAUUGCGCUGCGAUGCCUCCGAACCGAGCAAUGAUAGUGAUGCCUCCGGUGAUAUAAACCUGCGGACAGACUAGUAGGAGUCCUAGCGUUUCUAUGGAACCCACCUGAAUCAUUAGCAGCAAUGGCAUUUCACCUACCCGAUUCCGACAGCCAAUAUGACUAGGACCAUUCAGUAGAACGGUUGGGAACACUGAAAUUUCCUGGGUUGGCUCUUGGUACGAGACAUUCCCGUUUGCUCCGCAGGUGGGACUUAAAUCAAUAUCCGCUUUCUAUGCGGACAGGUGGUAGGUGUUGUACCAGCAUUUGAGUGCUCUCUUGGCCCAGGAAAUAGGUGAUCAAGUUAACCCUGGGAAAAACUAGAAGCGUCACAGGCGCUCACUUGGAGCCAACGGCCAGUGGGCUCAGCAACCCACACCAGUGUACCCUCCCCGAGCUUUAUAAGGUUCGUCCCGACUCCGCACACCCACAGAGUCCCAUUACACCGUUCCGCAUUCAGUCACCUGUUCGCACAAAACAUAUCUUGCGGCGAGAAAGGGAGAUGAAAGGAAGACGAAAGAAUUUCAUUCAUGGCACAGAUGUUCCCUUCACCCCACACUUUACUUAGGCAACCAUCCUCACGAUAGCGCACGUCAGUCGGGCGGGCAGGUGGACGGGUGGGAAAGGCCGCGAU